AUGGUCACUCAAGAAAACUUAAACGCUAAAUUAGCUCUUACCAUUAAAUCUGGUAAAUAUACCUUAGGUUACAAAUCCGUUGUCAAAUCAUUAAGACAAGGUAAAGCUAAGUUAGUUAUCAUUGCUGCUAACACUCCAGUUUUAAGAAAAUCUGAAUUAGAAUACUAUGCUAUGUUAUCAAAAACUAAUGUCCAUUAUUUCCAUGGUGGUAACAAUGAAUUAGGUACUGCUUGUGGUAGAUUAUUCAGAGUUGGUGUUUUAUCCAUUUUAGAUGCUGGUGAUUCUGAUAUCUUAUCUUCAGUCUCUGCUUAG